GUUAAAUACGGCCCCCUGCUGCCACCCGCCUCUGCCGGCCAUCUUCUGCCUGCUCGUUUCCUGCCCCCGAGGAAAGCCCGCUCAGAAACCCAAGAUCAGCGAUGCGUCCCUUCGCCUACCUCCUGGCCGUCCUGGCCGUGUGCCUCAUGGCACUGACCUCGGUCUCGGCCGAGUCAGACUCGCAGCGAUUCGAUGGCUAUGUCAUCGGUAUCGAUCUCGGCACCACCUACAGUUGUGUUGGUGUCCUCAAGGGCGGUCGUGUUGAAAUUAUUGCCAACGACCAGGGCAACCGUAUCACCCCCUCCUACGUCGCCUUCACCGAUGAGGAACGCCUCAUCGGUGAUGCCGCCAAGAACCAGGCCGCCAUGAACCCCACCAACACCGUCUUCGAUGCCAAGCGUCUGAUCGGCCGCCCCUUCAACGACAAGGAUGUGCAGCGCGACAUCAAGCACUUCCCCUUCAAGGUCAUCAACAAGAACAGCAAGCCCGUCAUCCAGCUCAUCGUCAAGGGCGAGAAGAAGGAAUUCACUCCCGAGGCCAUCUCCGCCAUGGUCCUGGGCAAGAUGAAGGAGAUUGCCGAGGCCUACCUGGGUGAGCCCGUCAAGCACGCCGUCGUCACCGUCCCCGCCUACUUCAAUGACCAGCAGCGCCAGGCCACCAAGGACGCCGGUGUCAUUGCCGGCCUCUCGGUCGAGCGCAUCAUCAACGAGCCCACUGCCGCCGCCAUUGCCUACGGCCUGGACAAGACCGAUGCCGAGGAGAAGAACAUUCUCGUCUACGAUCUCGGUGGUGGUACCUUUGAUGUCUCGAUCCUGACCAUCGACAAGGGUGUCUUUGAGGUCCUGGCCACCAACGGCGACACCCAUCUCGGCGGUGAGGACUUUGACAACCGCAUCAUCGAGCACUUUGCCAAGCUCUACAAGAAGAAGACCACCAAGGACUGCACCAAGGACCACAAGGCCAUGGGCAAGCUCAAGCGUGAGGCUGAGAAGGCCAAGCGCACCCUCUCCUCCCAGAUGUCUGUCCGUGUCGAGAUCGAGUCCUUCUAUGAUGGCGAUGACUUUUCCGAGACCCUUACCCGUGCCAAGUUCGAGGAGCUUAACGCCGACCUGUUCAAGCGCACCCUCAAGCCCGUCGAGAACGUCCUCAAGGACGCCAAGCUGAGCAAGGGCGAGAUCCACGAGAUUGUCCUCGUCGGCGGCUCCACCCGUAUCCCCAAGGUUGUCCAGCUCCUCGAGGACUACUUCAACGGCAAGAAGGCUUCCAAGGGCAUCAACCCCGACGAAGCCGUUGCCUACGGUGCCGCCGUCCAGGGCGGUGUCCUCAGCGGUGACCGUGCCGUCGAGGAUGUCAUUCUCCUUGAUGUCAACCCCCUGACCCUUGGUAUCGAGACCACCGGCGGUGUCAUGUCCAAGCUGAUUGCCCGCAACAGCCAGAUCCCCACCAAGAAGUCGCAGAUCUUCUCGACUGCCGUCGACAACCAGCCCACCGUCCUGAUCCAGGUCUUUGAGGGCGAGCGUCCCCUCACCAAGGACAACAACCUCCUCGGCAAGUUCGAGCUCAACGGCAUCCCUCCUUCCCCCCGCGGCGUCCCCCAGAUCGAGGUCACCUUCGAGAUUGACGUCAACGGUAUCCUCCGUGUCUCUGCCCAGGACAAGGGCACCGGCAAGUCCGAGUCCAUCACCAUCACCAACGACAAGGGCCGUCUCUCUCCCGAGGACAUUGAGCGCAUGGUCCAGGAGGCCGAGCUCUACGCCGAGGAGGACCGCAUCGUCAAGGAGCGCAUCGAGUCCAAGAACCUCUUUGAGAACUACAUGUACAGUCUCAAGACCCAGGUCAACGACGAGGAGCAGCUCGGCGGCAAGCUCGAUGCCGACGACAAGCAGGCCAUCCUCGACGCCCUCAAGGAGCAGACCGAGUGGCUCGAUGCCAACGCCCAGACUGCCACCAAGGACGAGAUUGACGAGCACAAGGCCGAACUCGAGGCCGUCGUCAACCCCAUCACCGCCAAGCUGUACGGCUCCUCCGACAGCUCCGAGCCCCAUGACCACGAUGAGCUGUAA